AUGGCUGGUUAUAGAAUCUUCCUGACUGGAAUAUUUCCUUAUGGAAAGUCGCUUAUUUUUCGAUACAAUAGUGAAGUGAAAGCUGACUUCACAGAAGUAAGAACUUCUGCAUCCCACUAUUUCAUCGAUGGACAAUUUCACAUCACUCAUGAUACUGGCAAUCAAAAUUUUGAUAGGGCAUUCAUAGUUACACUUCAAAAUGCAAUUAUUUCGUUGAAGAAUGGAAAUAAAACUUCGGAAGAAACUUCAUACCCUACGGGUACUUCUGAUGCGCUAAAAGUACUUCAAGGCCCAUUCGGUUUAAUUUUCGCAGAAUCGGGAAACAACACAAUUCAUGGGCAAUGUAAAACGAGUUAUCAUGUUCAGCCAGAAAACUCAGCUUCUAAAAAUUCAAAAAUAUUUUCGGUGAUGAAAUUCAUGUCACCGAAAGAAUGCAGCAAAAAUAAGCUUUCUAGUUUUAAUUUUCUUGAUGUAAUCCUUUGUACUUUACCAGAAGAGGAAAAUUCGAAUGCAGCCAGUACAAAAGUCUAUGAAUUUAAAAUAGAAGACAAUAAUCUUUUGCUUCAAAAGCUUAGCACUCAUGGAGAAACCAGUUUCUUCCCUUUCUACCACAAUUUUAAGGCUUCUCAAGUUACGUACAGCACUAAAUUAACUCUGGAGAGUAUCAAACCAUCAUCGGAAUAUGCGGGCCCCACUAUUAAUUUUGACAGUGUACCAUCAACUCGUGAUUGGAGCUAUCAACACACGAAAAGCCUCUACGCAGAAAAUGCAGCUACGGAUUUUACUGAAGGACGUCACGUUGUCGAUCAAAAUUAUCUUCUGAAUGAGAUAAAGGAAAUGUUGAUCGAUGCUGCGAAUUAUUUUGCAGAGAAUCAUAUCAAAACUGAAGAACCCGACUGGCAGCGAAGCAAGGUCAUCAACAAUAUUCGUGAAGCUUUAACUUAUCUUGAAGUUUCGUCAUUUCAUAGAAUAUUCUCCAAAAUUCAAAGCAAUACAACUCCAGCUAAGAAAGUCAUAAAGUGGUUUUUCAUAACUAUUGUAGCUCAAGUUGGGACUGAUGCAGCAAACCUGUUUGCAUUUGAUAUCAUAAAGAGUAAAAGUAUCACUGAUCUUGAGGCAAUAGAAACAGUGGCAACACUUCCUUUCUAUGUAAGAACACCUAGUGAAAAUCUUUUAACUCAAUGGGAAGAAUUCGCUAAUUCCACCAAAGCUUUAUCACUGAAUGUCUAUAAAGCAAUUCUUCUUGCCACUGCUACUAUGGUUCUACGGCUUGCAGAAGUGCAUAACAUGCAAGGAGGACUCAGUGCUAAUGUAUUGUCCCCGAUUCUUCGAGGCGUAAUUGAAGUGCGUCCGCGUGUCGAUUACGUCCGAUUGCUCUCAAUUGGAGCAAGUUUAAGAUCUUUAUACUUCGAUCAAGAUAAUGCGAUAAGUAUUCUUUGGUCGAUGAUGGCUAAUACUUCUCUUCCUUUGAAACUGCGUAUUGGAUCAUACAAUAUACUUCUGCAGCAAUCGCGAACAAUGACUGAUUUCUUGCGCCUCCAUUGGUUCAUGACGAACGAAAAAAAUGAACACCUUUACAAUUUCCAUAUCACGACUCUCAAAGGUUUUGCGCAAUCACAUUGUCCAUGUUUUGCUAAAAUGCACGAAUACUCUUCUAAAAUUUUGGAAUUAACGCCACCUCAUUCUCCAGUAUCUGGAAAUUUAACAGCUUUAUAUGUAAUCGAUACCAUGAAUGAUGAGGGUGAUGGUCUGCAGAUUAAAAUUACAGUUGUUCGCGAUGAAGAUACUGAAGUACCGGAAAUUAUCUACUUGCAGCAGUUCAUAAUGAAAAAUCAUAGAAUCACCAGCUAUUGGGCUCUCUACAUACAAUCUGACGGCAUGGAUAAUUUAUUGAAGAGCGUAAACAACGACUUUUUGAAAUUCUUUGAAGGCCCGAUCACCACAACCUUCAUUUUUGAUUUUCUCAGGAAAUUUUCAGUUGCUAUGACGUUGUCGAAAGAUUCAUUCCUAGAUAUACUAUUAUUCUACCGAGACCAGGCAGUCAUGGUUAAUUACUACGAUCAUGAAACUUUCAACACUUUCAAUAAUGAUGUCAAAGAACUUGUCGAACACUUUAGUUACCUCGAUUCAUACCAUAUAUUCUUUCAAAAUAUGUACGAAGAAUAUGUUGUCAGUGACUUUGGAGUACCGGUUGUAUUUGGAGCGUCAUCUCCAGCUGUUAUUUCUUUGAAAGCACAAACCGAUGAUCAGGUAGCUGGAAAUUUGCGUGGAAUUGCUUCUGCAAAAAUGUGGCUGUCCCAUGAUUACUUUGUGGCAGUAUACAAUCCUAUUAAUGACCUCUGGCAAUCUGCUGAGAAAUUGUCAGUUGUCAAUACUGAUGUUUCGUACCAAUUUGAAUUCAAAAACAGCUCUGACCAUGAACUCUUACAAUAUAUCGAUCCGAGCCAAUGGGACAUCAAAUUUAAAGAAGCUAAUUUUGUUAUUCAAAAUCAAGAAGUAGUUUCUAUAAAGAAUAAUCGUAAUAAUCAGGUUUUCAAAAUAGGAAAUUCAAUUUUCAGUGAUGAAGUCCCUUCAACAAUUGAAAAUUUGAAUUCAAAUUCAGUUGCUUUCACAGAUAAUGGAAACGAUUAUGAAGCAGAAUUAUUCAAUUGUCAGAAUCAAUUGACUAAUUUGACAAAUUCAGAAUACAUAAAAAUCUUACCACGCUGGGAAAAUUAUGACUCAUUCAUGUUCCCUCUAUCAUCACAAAUUAAAAAUUGCGGUAAUAUUAUCAAGAUUACACCGAGUUCAUAA